AUGGGCUUUAACGUGCCAAUCAUCAAUCGAGAUUCAGAUAUCUUGAAAUCUGAGAUCAAAGCAUGGACGGAACAGCCAGAAAGUCAAAAAAAAUUAGUUUUAGUCAUUGUAUCAGUAGCUCUAUUAUUGGAUAAUAUGCUAUAUAUGGUUAUUGUACCUAUUAUUCCAAAAUAUCUUCGAGAUAUUCAUGCUUAUGAUGUUGAAUUCUAUGGAUAUCAUAAUGUGACAGAACGCUUACCCAAUGGAACAAUCAUUGUUCGACCUGUCGGAGCUAAAGUUGAUUACAAAGAUGAAGAGAUAGCACUCGGAUGGCUUUUCGCUAGUAAAGCUCUCAUCCAAAUAGUCGUCAAUCCGUUUUCGGGAUAUAUUAUUGAUCGUGUUGGAUAUGAGAUACCCAUGGUAUUCGGAUUGACCGUCAUGUUCAGUUCAACAGCCAUCUUCGCAUUGGGACAUUCAUAUGGAGUUCUAUUCUUCGCUCGAUCACUCCAGGGACUGGGUUCUGCCUUUGCAGACACAUCAGGAUUGGCAAUGAUUGCUGAUCGUUUUUCGGAAGAAAAUGAAAGAUCGGCUGCCCUUGGAAUAGCAUUGGCUUUUAUUUCGUUUGGAUGUCUUGUUGCUCCGCCAUUCGGCUCCGUACUUUAUUCAUUGGCUGGAAAACCUGUGCCAUUCUUAAUUUUGGCUUUUGUGUGUCUAGCAGAUGCCUUAGCCGUCUUCAUGGUUAUACAGCCUGGAAAGAGAACACCAACAUCAGCAAGUGGCGAGAAAAUACAAGGAACACCAAUGUGGCGUCUAUUUAUGGAUCCAAUGAUUGCUGUCUGCUCAGGAGCAUUAAUUAUGGCAAAUGUAUCAUUAGCAUUUCUUGAACCAACCAUAACGACAUGGAUGGCUGAAACAAUGCCAGAUACACCCGGAUGGUUAGUAGGAAUGAUUUGGUUACCAGCAUUCUUCCCUCACGUUCUGGGAGUAUAUGUGACUGUGAAGUUGUUGAAAAGUUAUCCAAGCCAUACAUAUAUGAUAGCUGCUAUAGGAUUAGCAAUGGAGGGAUUGUCAUGCGCCAUCGUUCCAUAUACAGGAAGUGUCUUACAACUCAUUGUUCCAUUAAGUUUCACAUGUUUUGGAAUAGCAUUAAUUGAUACGUCAUUAUUGCCAAUGUUGGGUCAUCUUGUAGAUACUCGUCAUGUAUCCGUAUACGGAUCUGUGUAUGCCAUUGCUGAUAUCUCAUACUCAUUAGCUUACGCAUUUGGACCCAUAAUAGCUGGAUGGAUAGUUACCAAUAUGUCAUUUACUGCACUAAACUAUAUUAUAUGUUUUACUAAUUUGGCAUAUUGUCCCGUCUUAUGGAUUCUUCGCAAAGUUCACGGUUACGACAAUUUGGAGCAAAAACCUGAUCAAACACAAUCAAUUGAAGCUUCUUCAUCAAUCUCUUAUCAAACAUCUUCUGCAACUCAACAACAAUCCUUAACAAAUGGCUCAACAGCAGCACCAAUUCCAUCCCAAGCUGGAUAUGGAGGAACUCAAUAUCAAUAUCCAUCUGGAUAUGAUCCUCUAAAUCCACAAUGGUAG